AUGGACUCCAACGAAGAGGUAGCCUCCGAUCAUAUCGACCACUUGGAUGAUAAGGUACUGUUCCCCAGGCUAACGCUACGGCUAAUCCUAAUCUCAAUCGCUAUAUUGGGCAUUAUAUUUGCGAUUAUUGGCUUAUUCGGGUCAUAUUACCAAAACUACGCGACCACCUUGCUACUAUCCGUACUGAACACGUUCAACAGCUUCUACUGUUUCGGUGCGUCCACUCACUACCAAACAGUGUUCAUACUAUGGGUGUUCACUAUAAUCAAUAUUGUGGUCACAUUUUCGGGCUACCUGUACACCAUACUACUGUGCCUACAGAUAGGCACUCACCCCAUAAAUAUAGAGCAUAUGGGUCGGACACUGUCUAUGGACAGCACCGGUAGGUUGGAUGAGCCGUUUCGAGAGAAGUCUGUUAGUAAUCCUCCCCCUUAUGAAGAUCCCCCACAUUAUAGUCAAUUGAAUAUUAAUAAGUUUUGCCGA